UUGUGUUGAAUGGUCGGAAACAGGCCGAAAUCCAAAAUGAUGAUGGCUGCUGAAGUGAGGUGGCUCGUGGUUUUCCUCGUAUUUUUCGCGUUUUCCGCGAUUUUUGCGAACUUGGUUCAUCGUAAAUUCGAAUAUAAAUAUUCAUUUAAGCCGCCGUAUCUCGCGCAAAGGGAUGGAAGUGUGCCCUUUUGGGAAUAUGGUGGAAAUGCAAUUGCCAGUUCUGAGAAUGUUAGGGUUGCCCCAUCACUCAGGAGUCAAAAAGGGGCAAUUUGGACGAAGCAGCCGAUUAAUUUUGAUUGGUGGGAGGUCGACCUUGUCUUCCGGAUAACUGGUCGGGGAAGAGUUGGUGCCGAUGGUUUGGCAUUUUGGUACACGAGCAAUAAAGGACUUUAUAACGGCACAGUUUUUGGAAGUUCCGAUCAAUGGAAUGGGCUUGGUAUUUUCUUUGAUUCUUUCGACAAUGACAACAAGCACAACAAUCCAUACAUUAUGGCUGUUCUCAAUGAUGGCACAAAGAUGUUCGACCACUCCAACGAUGGUUCCAACCAACUCUUAGCGGGAUGCCUGCGGGACUUCCGUAACAAACCUUUCCCUACUCGAGCAAGGAUUGAAUAUUAUCAAAAUACUUUGACGGUUCUUUUCCACAAUGGAAUGACGAACAAUGAACACGAUUAUGAAGUUUGUAUGCGUGUUGAGAACGUUUACCUACCCAAAAAUGGAUAUUUCGGUGUCUCCGCUGCCACCGGUGGAUUGGCUGAUGAUCACGACGUUUUACACUUUUUAACGACAUCACUUCAAGUUCCUGGUCAAAUGACUCAAGAUACACAAAAAGUUUCAAAUGAGGAGGAAGCUAAACUGAGUCAAGAGUACCAGGAAUAUCAGAAAAAAUUGGAUCUGCAAAAGGAAGAAUAUCACAAGGACCAUCCAGAUGAAAAGAAAGAUGAAUACGACGAAUGGUUCGAGUCAGACAAUACCAGAGAAUUGCGUCAAAUAUUUGCGGGUCAGGGUCAAAUGUUUGAUGUGAUGCGUGAAAUGCACAAAAAACUCGAUGAAAUUGUCGGAAGACAAGAAAGAACUUUGAGUCUGAUGUCUCAAAUUCAAGUCGGUGGUGUUCAAGUCCCUGGUGGACAACCUGGUCAACCUCCUCAGCUUAUAGAUACAAUUAGAAGACAAGAAGUUGAUGCUGUACUGAAUAAUCAAAACUUAAUUAUAAAUGCAGCUCGAGAGAUAAGAUCUUUCGUGGGAGAAGUCAGUUCCAAGACGGACAAUAUUCUUACUAAUCAAGCUCGUGCCCCAACUGCACAGGUUCAACCAAUGGGUUACGAUUAUCACUCACUGAUCUCAGAAAUGCGUGAUGGGCUCAAUGAACUAAAAAGAGACAAAAAAGAACAAAAAAUAGACACAGUAGGCAGUUGCCCUACUCAAAAUUGUCUUACAACGACAAUGUUUUUGAUGUUCAUAGCAAUACAAAUGGUCAUUCUUUUGGGAUAUAGUUUAUACAAAGACAAUAAAGAAGCGCAGGCUAAGAAAUUUUACUAGAAGCAGUGAAUCGUUUCUUUGAAACGAAAGUGUGAGUGGUGAGAAUUUAAUUUAAGUACGAACUUAAACUGAACUUUUAUAUCGAACAAGGGUAACUUUUAGUCUUCUUAUAUGUACCCUCAUAGGUAUCAAAAACUUAGUGGAUCGUUUCCUAAUUCCAAACUCAGGUCGCCCUUCGUCAUGAAGUGACUUUCUCUUCCGCAUUAUCAACGUUCCUAAAGUUAACUGGAAGUCAUAAAAACCGAUAUUCCCUCUUCGAAUGAAAUGAAAUGAGAUGAAAUCUUUAUUUUAAUACCCAAUUUAUAUGUUUACUUAUACUUAAAGUUUGGUUUUUAUCAAUUCCAAUCUAUGAAUUUUAAUGCAACACUUUCCGUACAUCAAUUUCUUCCGUGAAAAUAAGUGUUAGCUUUUUUGCGUGCAAUGUGGAACUUUAAAAGGGAACUAAACGCAGCAAAAGGUUUUUUCAGAUGCUCAAAAAUCGCUUGGGAUCUGCAAAUUUUAUACAUUUGGGGAAGUGCGAUAUAUUUUUUUACUCUUGGUCGAGUGGUUUUGUACGUCCUUUCGUUAUAGUUGUGUUUACCAGUUUUUUUUUUUUAGUUAAAAAAAACGUAUCACGUAUCAGUCACCCUCAUAUCGUUAAUCUCGCCAAUUCUUGGAAUUUAUUACGUCAAGUUUUUCUUGUGUAUGUUCCAAGAUUUAUGGUACGAGAGAAAUCGAAUGAGUUUGAGCUUGGUGGUUUUUCUGUAUACUAGUCGGUUGAGAUUGAAUAAAAUUGAAUUAAAGACUAGGUUAUCCGAUUAGAAGCCCUGCUCGAACUCUAAAUGCUAUUGCAUUCGGUCAAUGAUUCUUGUGUGUGAGAGAGAAUUCGAGAAUGUUUAUUUCUCGUAUAUCGUCUUCGUUGUAUUUGUAAAGAAUUUAUUUGUGUAAGCAACGUCGUAUGUGGAUAGUCACUGUAGCGUGGAAGAAUUUUGAGAAUGAGAAAAUUCACUCCACGAAUCAUCCUACAUCAACCUCUUUGCAUUUGUAAGAGUUUAUCGAAAAUUGUAAAUGUUUAAGGAAUAACCUUAGAAUAAAAAUGGGAGCUCGAAAAUUA